AUGGCUGAUAUUGAAUUGACUGCACAGCCAUCUGAUGAACCUCAUGUUCUGAAACGCGAUAUUGUCCAGUUCAAGCCAGAACGAGACUCGGCAAAUGAUGACAUAAGAAAUGCUCUGUUAGUGGUCUCCACCCUGAUCGCUGCCGCAACCUUUGCGGCCGGAGUGAACCCUCCCGGUGGGGUUUGGCAAGAUAAUGAUAACACUCAUGUUGCCGGCCAGUCAGUCUUAGCCUCUUACAGUAAAGAUUCGUUCACAAUGUUCCUUUUCUCGAACACAGCAGCGUUUUCUUCGUCUACAAUUGUGAUUUUGUUUCUUGUCAGUAACUUUCCAUUUUAUCUGGAGAUCUGGAUAGCCAUGGCCGGUAUGAUAUUUACCUACGGCGUUUCAAUUUCUUCUGUAAGCUCCAAGGGAAAUAUUAAGUCAGGCUACACGUACAAAAAAAAAGACGCGGAAGUUUAUAGCCAAAACUACUUUGCUGGCAUCUCCGGUUUUGCUACGAUGUCCUUUAAUUUAUUUAUUUAA